GAAUUUAUGCACGUAAUACCCGAGCUGCUGUCCCUGGCACUACUUUAGGCACGGCUACAGGUGCUGCUGCACAGGCACAUGCUACCGGAGGUGCUGCCCCUGGUGCUGCUUUAUGCGCUGCUGCGGGUGCUAUCCAAGGCGCUGCUCCUGGCGCCGUUUCAUGGGCUGCCACAGGCGAUGCUGCACAUGCUACCCGAGGUGCUGCCCCAGAUGCUGCUGCAGGUGCUACUAGAGCUGCUGCUGCAGGUGCUACCCAAGGUGCUGCUGCUCCUGGCGCCGUUUCAUGGGCUGCCGCAGGCGAUGCUGCACAUGCUACCCGAGGUGCUGCCCCAGAUGCUGCUGCAGGUGCUACUAGAGGUGCUGCUGCAGGUGCUACCCAAGGUGCUGCUGCUCCUGGCGCCGUUUCAUGGGCUGCCACAGGCGAUGCUGCACAUGCUACCCAAGGUGCGGCCCCAGAUGCUGCUGCAGGUGCUACUAGAGCUGCUGCUGCAGGUGCUACCCAAGGUGCUGCUGCUCCUGGCGCCGUUUCAUGGGCUGCCACAGGCGAUGCUGCACGUGCAACUGGAGGCGCUGUCCCAGAUGCUGCUACAGGUGCUGUCCCAGGUGCUGAUUCAGGUGCUGCCCCAGUUGCUGAUUCAGGUGCUGCUGCAGAUGCUGCUCCAGGUGGUGCUUCAGGUGCUGCUGCAGAUGCUGCUCCAGGUGGUGCUUCAGGUGCUGCUGCAGAUGCUGCUCCAGGUGGUGCUUCAGGUGCUGCCCCAGGCGGUGCUUCAGGGGCUGCUGCAGAUGCUCUGCCGCUCCCCAGCCCAGCCUCAUCCCGGUCAAAGCGGGCUGCAAAGAAAGGCAGAGAGAAAGGCCGCUCAGCUUCAGGUGACCCUAUGCCAGGUGCUGCGCCGCCACUCCCCAGCUCCACCUCAUCGCAGUCGAAGGGGGCUCCAAAGAAAGGCAGCGAGAAAGGUCCUGAAGCUUCAAGUAACUCGAAAAAAAAGGAAAAGAAAAAGAGGAAGGCCAAGAAAGCAGCUAUCACAGAUGAUCCUCAAGUCAAGCAAGAAGACCCAAGGAACGGCCUCCCUGCGCCUGAUAUCCCAAAGCCUGUGAGGCGCAAGAUCCCUCUGUUGCUGCCUCAUAGAAGAGACGCCCCACUGAUUUUGCCCUCACCUCUAGAACCAUGCUUUCGAAUCACGGCAGAAGACUUUGACUUAGAGAAGAAAACUGCUAUGCAGUGGAUCAACAGGGUCUUGAGGGAUGAUGGAGCCAAGGCCCGAUGUAAUUAAAUGACCCGAGGAUGACUGCAUGCCACUGGAUAUAUAAUACUGAUCUCCAAGCCUUAGUGACCAGUUUCUGUACUCUGUAUAAGUGUAAUAUCACAUUCUAUGUAGAGCCAUUUUGAUACUUAAUAAGA